AUGUUGUUGACCAGUUCUUCUGAAGGGAUCCUCCUUAAGCAAGGAGACCGCGUUCUUCAAGUCUCUGAGUCUGAAGUGACGAUCGUCACUGGUAAAUCGCUUGAUGGGUCCAAAUGUCAAGAAAUUGAUGGGAUUUUGGGGUUAAUCGAAUUGAAGGUUGGGAAAUACCUUAUAUCCAUCAACAGAUCCGAAUCUGUGGGAAAGAUCUUGGAUAAUGAGAUCUUCAAAGUGGUCAGCACCUCUGUUGUUCCAUUGGGUAACUACUCUACUUACAAUAAAGAUGAACAUGCGUAUCUUGACUUGAUCAGAUUCCAAUUAGAUAGCAGUAACUUGUAUUACUCCCCUACUUAUGACUUGACUAACUCCAUGCAACGCAACUUCGUCAAGAACUUGACCGUCACCAUUGGCUCUUUGGACAAGCGUUUCUUUUGGAACGAAUUUUUGAACAAGGAUUUGCUCAACGAGUACGCCAAAGAUAAGAAUUACGGUGCUUUUAUCACCCCAGUGAUAUCGGGGUACGCUAAGGUUCUUCAAGAAAAUGUUAAUGGCUCUGAUGUUUCCUUUGCCUUGGUCACCAGAAGAAAUAAGUUUAGAGCAGGUACUCGUUAUUUCCGUCGUGGUAUUGAUGCUAAAGGUAAUGUCGCCAAUAACAACGAAACUGAACAACUCUUGAUGUACAAGAACACUGUGCAAAGUUACUUGCAAACCAGAGGGUCAGUUCCUGUGUACUGGUCGGAAAUUAAUAACUUGAAAUACAAGCCAAAGUUAGCAAUUUCUAAAACCUCCCCAGUUGAAGCGGCAACCCUCCAUUUUGAUGAACAAGUGUCAUUAUACGGUGAUAAUUAUUUGGUCAAUCUCGUUAAUCAAAAAGGUUACGAAUUGCCAGUUAAAAAAGCGUAUGAGAACAUUGUUGAAAAACUUGAUAAUGAUAGACUCAACUACAUUUACUUUGAUUUCCACCACGAAUGCCGUAAAAUGCAAUGGCACAGAGUUAACUUGUUGAUUGAUAGACUUAAAGACCUUGGCAUGAAGCGCAAUGAUCACUUUUUUGGCACCAUUGACAAAGAUGGCGUUACCACAUUAAGAGAGCAACUGCAUGUCGUUAGAACCAAUUGCAUGGACUGUCUUGAUAGAACCAACGUUGUUCAAUCCACAUUGGGUCGUUACUUCUUACAAAGUCAAUUGGAACAAUUAAAUCUCCUUAAGGAAGGAGAAAAAUGGGAAUCCAACAAAACUUUCAAUUUGGAGUUCCAAAACUUUUGGGCUGAUAAUGCUGAUGCCGUCAGUUCUGUCUACUCUGGUACCGGUGCUUUGAAGACUGACUUCACCAGAACAGGUAAAAGAACUAGAAAGGGGGCGUUAAAUGACUUGAACAACUCAUUGACUCGUUAUGUUAAAAACAACUACAAAGAUGGUGCUAGACAAGAUUCUUUUGAUUUGAUUUUAGGCGAGUUUGUUCCUGCUAAAGUCCCGUACUCACCAUUCACUGACAAUAGAUUGUAUCAAUUCCGAUAUAUUUUGAAAUUAUUUUUGUUUUUUAUUUUUUUGCUCAUUGCUUUAUUCUUAAAAUCCCUUGUUUAUGGAUUGCAAGCAAAGCAACACGUUUUAGCUGCAAUCGCUGUUGUUGGGAUGUUGUUUUCUGCCAUUUACAUGUUUUCUAAUGGUUUACAGGUUGUUGACUGGCCAAAAUUGAAACCACUAGACUAUUUGAAAAAGGAACCAGUUUAUUCUAAAAAGAAAUUUAUUGGUAACAAAUUUACUAGAAACACAGAAUACUGA